ACAGGGCUACUUUGUUGCAUGGUGGUCGCCCUCUGGUACCGCUUGUAGGAAGGGGCGGCUCUCAGGAUGGGGCACGGAAUAAGGUAUCUCUUCUAGGGACUUCCUCAGUUGGUCCCAGCUUUGUUUACUUGUGGUUCUGCCGGGGGAGGACAGGUGAGAAAACUGCCUUCUGAGUCUCGGUAGCUCGCUUGUGUGUCACCUGUCCUCGGAGCUUCUCUGAGUUGGAAUGGGAACGGGCCUGGGGGUAUUCACAGAAAAAUAGCAGCCAGGUAUAUGUCACAAGGAAAACACGCAGAAGCAAGAGAACUAAUGUAUUCAGGGGCUUUGCUGUUCUUCAGUCAUAACCAGCAAAACAGUGCUGCUGAUCUGUCCAUGCUGGUUUUGGAGUCUUUGGAGAAAUCGGAUGCAAAAGUAGCAGAUGACCUUUUAGAAAACUUGGCUAAAUUGUUUAGUUUAAUGGAUCCAAAUUCUCCCGAAAGAGUGGCUUUCGUAUCCAGAGCACUAAAAUGGUCUAGCGGGGGAUCGGGAAAACUUGGACAUCCAAAACUACACCAGUUACUAGCAAUUACCCUGUGGAAAGAGCAAAACUAUAGUGAAUCUCGGUAUCACUUCUUGCACUCCACAGAUGGUGAAGGAUGUGCAAAUAUGCUAGUAGAAUACUCCUCGUCCAGGGGAUAUCGCAGUGAGGUGGACAUGUUUGUAGCACAAGCAGUACUACAAUUUCUCUGCUUAAAAAAUAAGACCAGCGCAUCAGUUGUUUUUACGACAUACACGCAGAAACAUCCUUCAAUAGAAAAGGGUCCGCCCUUUGUUCAACCACUGCUAAACUUCAUCUGGUUUCUGUUAUUGGCAGUUGAUGGAGGAAAACUAACAGUAUUUACAGUAUUGUGUGAACAGUAUCAACCUUCACUGAAAAGAGAUCCCAUGUAUAAUGAGUACCUAGAUAGAAUAGGACAGCUUUUCUUUGGUGUUCCGCCCAAGCAGACAUCGUCCUACGGAGGAUUACUAGGAAACCUUUUAAACAGUCUGAUGGGAACUGGAGAAGAUGAUGACACAGAAGAUGGUCAGGAAGAUAGCAGUCCUAUCGAGCUCGACUGAAUGUUGUUGUCAUUGGGUGCCGUGUAAAUCUGAUGAUUCGAUGACUCCAAAGACAGUUUUGGAAUUUGAAUCCUGCAGUUGUUUCUUGGCGCCUAAAAGGGCUCCUCCGGUCUUUUAGAAAUGGUUGCUGAAAUGUUUAUAAUGUUCGGUCUAUAUUAUUUAUGUAAAAAAAGAAAGAAACCAACAAAAAGUAGCCAAACGAAUGAAUCGGAGCAAUUGUUAGCAGGUUUCCGAUACAGCGGCUGGUGACUUUGAUUAAAAUAUAGUCUUCUAUGGUUUCUAAUGCAGUAUUCCCUUUUGCACAGUAAUUCAAUAAAGCAUAAAUAUGGGUCUUGUACUUCACGGCCUACCCAAUACCACCUUUGUUACGAGAAAGCCUCCUUGACCUCUGCCACCUCCAAGGAAGAUCUCGAAAGGGAGGGUGAUCAAUUGAAUAAUUUAUUUGCGAGGCUGGUGCCAAAAGUACUGCGAGAUGAGCCAAGCAGCAUAAUUUGAGAUGCACAUCCAAGAGACUGAUACCAAGAACUUGCUUCCACUGCCGUGAGUAACAUGCACGCCAUUCAUACUGCCUUUCACUCUCCUUAAGGUCUGGCUCGGGCCGAGCCCACGCGUGUGUUUAGCUGAUACUUCCUGAAAAGCACAAGAUUGAAUUGCUCUUGAGUAAAAGCUGAUCAGUGGAUCACAGGUAAUUGGCUUCCAUGUGGAUCUCUCUUGCCUAGGUAUAAAAAUUUGGCUCGUGGCUCUACUCCUUUGGAACAGAUUCUUUUCCAGUGCAAGUUCACAACCAUACGUAAAGGCAAGGGCGUUACAGUGAAUGAAAUGAUUUGCCGCGAGCAACGUAUGUGUUUGAACUGCAGCUGUAUGUAAAGAAAAGGGAUACUGCAGAACUUCUGGUUCUUUAUGAUAUAUUUAUUUUUCUUGGGUGAUUGAUUCAUUUAACACUUUCUGUAAAAAAGAAAAAAUCAAUAAAUAAUGAAGUAACUUCAACCCCAGCGGUAGGCAUAGCCGUUCUACAUCUCCUCCUCUAAUGCAGCGCAGCGGAUGUCAGUGGUACAGUGAACAGAUGAAAUGGUGGGGAAACGCUUUAUUUUUUCACGAUGAAAAUAAAAAGGCUUAGAUUAAUAAACAGCAAUCAUGCAUGGGGGAGGGAGGGAUUAAUAGAAAUUUAUUGACUGUAUGAAAAAGAAAAGGCAUUGAAAGGAAGACUGUGUUAAUUGUGAAGUCUCAAAUAAACACUUUAUACCAG